UUCCUAAACCUAAACACCUUAGCAACCCGUAGUAUCCCGACCACAAAGCGAAGAAUGGUGGACAAUGAGCCCGCACCUAAGCGGCCUUGUCAUGGGCGCGCGUCUCCUGUUAUUGAAGCUAACCCCGCGUCGCAAACUGCUGAGACAGCCGCUACAGCCAAAAGCAAGGUGACGGUGAUCGGCGGCGGAUCUUUCGGCCUCGCCAUGGCCUCGGUCGUUGGGAAAAAAGGACACCCUACAUGCAUUUUGGUGCGAAAGGAUGAUGUAAGUAACAGUAUGCCUCCCAAAAAAGUAUCGGGCGAGGAAGGCAGAAAAGGGCCUUGUUGCGGCAAGCUGGGAGGCAUGGUGCAUGGUGAUGGCAUUCCCAAACACAUG